AUGUUUUAUGCUAAUAAAAAUAAAUAUUAUUUGAGUACUUUAACAAAACUUUUUUUUAGUACAUCUCAAUCUAUAUUAUCAAAUGAUAAUUUAAAAAAAAUUAAGGAAUUUCGCAAAUUAACAAAUUUAUCUCUUAGUAUUUGUAAAAGUGUUUUAAAUAAAAAUAAUUAUGAUAUUGAGAAUAGUAUAAAUUACAUUUUUCAAAAUUUUAGCACAAACUUCAAAAGUAAAAAAGAUGAGUUAAAAGAAGGAUAUCAAUGCUUGAAAUUGAAGAAUAAUAAAAUAGGAUUAAUUGAAUUGAAUUGCUACAAUGACUUAAUUUCUGAGAACAUAUAUUUUAAAGAAUUAUUAGUCAAUUUAUGUAACAACUUAAUAGAAAGUGAUACAAAUAAAAAGGUAAAUGAAACAUAUUGGGAUAAGGAAACCAUUUCUCAUUAUCUUCAUCUUUUUUAUAAAGAUAAUAAAACAAAUGUUGACAGAAGAUUAGAAACUGUUAACGAUAUAAACAUUUUCAAAAAAAUUUAUUUUAAUAGAAGCAUUAAUCAAUUAAUUAACUACACUUCUUUGAUUUUAAAUGACUAUAUAUCUUUAAGGAAAUAUUUAGCACUUAAUUUGGAUAGUGUGCAUAGUGAAAACACACAUAUAAUAAAAAAUUGUUAUUACCAUAAAGAAGUAAGAAUAGAAGAUUUUAUUUUGUGUAAAGGAUUUUCUAUAGCAUUUUUGUUUAUUAAAUCAAACAUAAAUAUUUCGGAACAAACAAAAUCUAUUUUAAAAAAAUUAUCUUUUCUCAUAUGCUUAAAUAUAUUAAUAUACAAAUCUAAAUUAUGCUCAUUGUCAAAUGGAUUUAAUAUUUAUGAAUAUUUUAAACCUUAUUUCCUUAAUUUUUCUUAUACUAAAAAUUUAGAAUCAGAAGAAAGUGAAAAGACAAAUAAAUUAUGUAAGGGGAAAUUAAAAGAAAUGGAUGAUAAUAAAAAAAAUAUAGAAAAUACUGAUGACUUCUUACAAAAAAAUGUUCAAGCACUUCAUAUAUUAAGUGAUUAUUUAGAAAAAGAAAAUUAUAAAAAAUUAAACUUUUUUAUAAAGGAAAAUAUAACAUUUGUUGAGUUAAUUACAUUAUUAGAAAAAGAAUUGAAUAUAAAGAUUUAUGUUAAAAUAAUUUAUUCCUUACUUAAUGAAGAUAUCGUUAUUUUAUAG